CACCAAAAGACACCAAUUCCACAACCAACCUUUUGAAAAAAAGAAGAGCAUAUUAUCAGGACAAGAUGCCCCGCAGCAAACGCUCAAAAGUCGUCUCCCUAACAAAAACAGACAAGCGCCCCGGCAGGGAAAACAACGAACGUCUGUACGGGAAAAUCCGUGAGAGCAUUGACGAGCACCAGAUCGUAUUUGUCUUCUCGGUAGACAACAUGCGGAACACCCAUCUCAAGGAAGUCCGCACGGACUUUAGCGAUUCUAGAAUAUUCUUUGGCAAAACAAAAGUAAUGGCCAAGGCUCUUGGCACCUCCGCAUCCGACGAAUACCGGCUCAACCUGAGCUCGCUAAGCAAGCACCUAACCGGCAAUGUCGGGCUGCUGAUAACCUCGCGCCCAGCGGAGGAGGUACUCACCUACUUCGAGAGCUUCAGCAAGCAAGACUAUGCACGCAUGAACGCCGUCUCGCCCAUCACGUUCAUUGUCCCCGCCGGAGUCGUGUACUCUUCUGGUGGGAGCCUGCAGCAGGAGGAGGACGUACCCAUGGCACACUCGCUCGAGACUACCGUCAGGGGGCUCGGCAUGCCGACUCGGUUGGUGAAUGGCAAGGUCCACCUUGACCAGGAGUUUGUGGUGUGCAAGGAGGGGAAGAAGUUGGAUUCCAAGCAGGCUACGCUACUGAAGAUUUUUGGGAUCCCCACAGCCGAAUUUGUGAUUCGGCCUAGCGCUUAUUGGACGUCGGCUACCAUGCAGGUUACGGCUGUUGGUGCUAUGGAGGAGUAAGCUGUGCCGGUAUGGUGGGUUGGCAGCAGGGAGGUGGCUCGUCGUGCCCUCUUCCCAUCGAGGGUGUAGCGGUAUAUAAUUAAUAGAGGCAAAAACAGGGACAGGAAAAAUAGGGGGUGGGUAACAUUUCCUUACGUUCUUUUUUGUUUCUUAUUUUGUCUUCCUUCAUGAUGCGGCGUUCCCCUUGUUAUAUACAUUUGUUGAGUACUACCUGAGUAAUUUGUACGGAAGAAAAGUUAUCUAUUA